AUGGCAGACCGUCAGAACCGUGUGGGAUCAAAGAUCGGAAGUGCCGGUGUGGCCGGUGCUUCUGAAAGCAAUGUCGACAGGAGAGAGCGCCUUCGCAAGCUGGCAUUGGAGACCAUCGACCUGGCCAAAGACCCUUACUUUAUGAGAAACCAUCUUGGAUCAUAUGAAUGUAAACUGUGUCUAACGCUACACACCAAUGAGGGAUCCUAUCUUGCCCAUACACAGGGAAAAAAGCAUCAGACCAAUCUCGGUCGCAGAGCUGCCAAGGAUGCUAUGGAAAAGCCCGACAGCAUGGCACCGCUCACGGCCCAACAACAGCAGGCGCUUAAAACAGGAGCUAAUGCGGCUCCAGCAUUCAAACGCAACAUCAUCAAGAUCGGUCGCCCUGGGUACAAGGUCACCAAAGUCAGGGAUCCAGUCUCUCGUCAGGUCGGCAUGUUGUUUGAGAUUGCAUAUCCAGAAAUCGCUCAAGGAGUCGAACCUCGGUACAGAUUCAUGUCAUCAUAUGAACAGCAGGUCCAGGCACCCAACAAGGCAUAUCAAUAUUUGGUCGUUGCUGCGGAGCCAUACGAGACUAUUGCGUUCAAGAUCCAGAGCAGGGACAUCGACAGAGCCGAGGAGAAGCUGUGGAGUCAUUGGGAUGUCGACCAAAAGAUGUACACGCUUCAAUUCUUCUUCAAGAACGACCAGCGAAUGCUCAGCUCAAGUCGAAUGGAGAACGCUCCAGGAUACAGCGCACCAGGAACACAGAUGGCCAACCCAUUGAACCCAUUCCACGCACCCAUGCGGACGGCAGCAUAA